AUGUGCAAAUAUCAAAUUAAUUGCCUAACAAUUUACUGUUUAGAAGGCUCUAGUGGCCGGGGUAUGACAGAUUUCGUGAGCUCACUUCGUUCAUCAGAUAGCUGGUCAACAACGGAAGUACGCUCACUGCAACAUUCUCAUGUUUGGACUAUACGUGGUUUUUCACAAUGCGAGUGUCGUUAUCUCGAAACAUCGGUUAAAAUCAAGGAAACGGUCAGCGUUCUGAGAAACAGCUGUCGAGAACUCAUUUUAUUUUUCUGGGAACAUAAUGCAUUAAAUCAGUUGCAGCCAAUUCCAACAAGCACGUUGGAUGGUAACCAUUUGACUUUCCGAAUAAGGUUACAUCCACAAGGCAACAAGGAAUCCAACAAAGAUUUUAGCUUUUUCCAAGUUUUUUGCAACACGAAUUCAGCGAAAUAUCGCGCUAAAUUUUCGGUUUAUAAUGCAAAAAAUGAAGAAGCACCUACCACAGUUUACACAGGGACACAACAGUUGCAUGGAUAUUUUGAGUACAUACGUCGAGAUAUUUUAGUCAGUCACAUACAACCCCAAGAUGAGCUCCAACUAGUUUUGUGUCUUACUAUUACAUUUGACACCGUUACUAAAAGUAGUCAAAACCCGCGGCAAAGCUGUGUUCCGGAAGCGCGCCCUGCAGAGAUCGCUCGAGAUUUGGAAGCAAUUUAUAAAGAAGGACGUCUUGCUGAUUUUACAGUUGUUGCAAGUGGCCGGGAACUAUCAGCUCACCAAAUAAUACUCUCUGCUCGCUCCCCUGUUUUUGCAGCUAUGUUAGAACCGCACACGGAAGAAUAUAAAAAUAGUCGUGUUGUUUUAUCAGACAUCGAUUUCGAGGUAAUGCAAGAGCUGCUUCUUUAUAUGUACACAGGUCGAUCUCCUAAUUUAUCUAGCAUGGCUCUAGAUCUUUUAGCUGCAGCAGAUCGUUUUCAACUACCUGGUUUAAAGGAAAUGGCUGACCAAGUUCUUCGUACUGGAAUAGUAGUAGAUUCUGCGUGCCGUUAUUUGGUAUUUGCUGAUAUGCACAAUGCACGUGAGUUGAAGGCAGAUGCUAUUAAAUUUAUUGCACAGAAUUCGUCAGCCGUUAUUUCAGUACGGUUUCAUUUAUUGGCAUUUUUUGAAUCUGGUAUGCUUUAUACGGAUGGUUGGACAGAAUUAGUGAAAGAACAUCCGACACUGAUUACUGAAAUUGUUGCCGCUAUAUCGAGUAUUGAUUCUCGCUCAUUAAGUUCUAAUCAAAGUCCGAUAGCAGAACCAAUAGCAAAAAGAGCUCGCUUAAAUGGAGGAAUUUGA